AUCAUGGGGAACCAUGUAGGAAAACGAGAACAUAGUGGUGACAAGUCAACCAAGAACGCUGAAACCAAGGUGGAGGAAGCAGCUAAAGAGAGUCCGAAACCAGCCAGACUAACACAGCAGUCUUCAGAAGAUAAUGAAGUAUUUGGAGAGGCAGAUGUGAACCAGAACAAUGGGUUCUCCACGAAGAGCCCAGCGGUGACAGACUCCAAAGGCACAGCAGACCCGAAGAAUGCCUGGCCUGAGGCCAACCCAGCUGACACAACUGGUCGCCCCCACUUGAUCCGCCUCUUUUCCCGAGAUGCCCCAGGAAGAGAAGACAACACCUUCAAAGAUCGGCCUUCAGAGUCAGACGAGCUACAGACCAUCCAAGAGGACAGUGCAGCAGCUUCAGAGAAUUCGGAUUUGAUGGCUUCACAAAAACGCUCCUCUUUCCGGCACGGAUCAAAAAUGGCAUCUGCGAGCACUACAGACCAUGCUAGACAUGGAUCUCCAAGGCACAGAGACUCGGGUCUACUUGACUCGCUGGGCAGAUUCUUUGGAGGUGAAAGACAUGUUCCCCGGCGGGGCUCGGGCAAGUUGCUGAUUAUCUUUCCUUCCUAGCUGACUUGGCGAUAUGCCUCUUCUGCUUUUCAGGAUAUACACGCAGCCAGGGCUAGCCACCAUGUAGGGUCCAUCCCCCAAAGAUCUCAGCAUGGCCGGCCUGGUGACGACAACCCCGUAGUCCACUUCUUCAAGAACAUUGUCUCACCCCGUACACCUCCCCCAAUGCAAGCAAAGGGAAGAGGAUUAUCCCUCACCAGAUUUAGCUGGGGCGGUGAAGGACACAAGCCAGGAUAUGGAGGAAGCGGAAAAUUCUAUGAGCAUAAAUCUGCUCACAAGGGACACAAGGGAUCCUAUCAUGAGGGCCAGGGCACUCUUUCCAAAAUCUUUAAACUGGGAGGCUCUGGGUCCCGACCUGGAUCGCGGUCUGGUUCACCAGUUGCUAGGCGCUGA